UUUACGCCAACCUACUGGCUUUCGCCUGCUUCGGAUCUCGAAGCCGUAUUUUAGCUGAACAACCGUGAAACAAUUGCCAGUCAACACACGCAACCAUGCCCGAAACCCGACACAUAUUUCGUGAUGUCUCGACCGCGGUGCACGCAGCUGUUGGCGGCAACUCCAGUUGAUUCAGCAGGUGUACUCCAAUCGUGUUGUGGGCCGGAUGAACGUGUAGCUGAGGUCUCGGAACCGCAGUGCGUCGUGUUAUCUUCGGGCUAUUUUACUCAUUGACUGUUCUUGUGGCGUGCGUGUUGUGUGCUCGAAAGGUGAAUGGAAUUGUUCUGAAAGCUCUGCACUUAUGCGAAGGAUCAUGAGUGAAGUGGACAUUCCCAAGGCAUUGCAUCUCGUGCGCGAGAAAAUAGCGGCGGCCUCUGCGGGCUUAGGUGGCCCAGCACCACGCCUUGUAGCCGUGAGCAAAACGAAGCCCAAGGAGCUCGUGAUUGCUGCUUACAACGAAGGCCAAAGACAUUUUGGUGAAAACUACAUGCAAGAGCUAUUAGAGAAAGCAAACAGUGCCGAAAUACUGCGCGACUGUCCGGAAAUCAAAUGGCAUUUCAUCGGCCGCCUGCAGAGCAACAAAGUGCCAAAACUCCCUAAGAUACCAAACUUGUUCAUGGUGGAGACUUUGGAAUCGCAGAAAACUGCGCAUGCCCUGAACGCGGCUUGGGCUGCGAGCGGUCAUUCUCCCCUGAACGUCUUGGUUCAGGUGAACACAAGUGGCGAGGAGCAGAAAAACGGCAUCGAACCGAAAGACGCGAGCCAACUUGUCAAGUUUAUUGUUGGAGAAUGCCCGAGUCUAAAGUUCGCUGGUCUAAUGACAAUUGGCAUGGCCGAGUACGACAAGAGCAGUGGUCCAAAUCCAGACUUCGUGUGCUUAGCCAAAUGUAAAGAGGAACUUUGCAAAGAAUUUGAAUUCAGUGCAUCAGAUGUUGAGCUUAGCAUGGGUAUGUCUGCCGACUUCGAGGAGGCUAUUCGGAUGGGAAGCACGAAUGUUCGUGUCGGCAGCACCAUCUUCGGGCACCGAGAAUAUGCUCCGAAAACGUAGACGCCAAAAACACAACAAUAUCGGGAGGAAUUGUGCCUCUGGUCCCUUCUUGUGGCUGUGAGAAGUAUCACCUUGUAAUUGGUUGUUACCCCUUCAACAAUAAAUGAUGCGCUUCGUGCACGGCAUUGCCUUUUCUUCAA